UCUCUAAAAUUCAUCAGUUUCUCCCUCUGCUCAUCUUCUGCUGAGUGAUGGGUGUGAACCCUCGUUGCUCCAACGUUUCCCAUAUCAACAUUAUGCUCAUAAUCACUUUUUUUUCGUCAUAAGCCAUAAAUUUUCACUUUUUUGCAACUCAUUCUUUCUUUUCGCAAAAAGUAUGUUACUACUUUAACUUCCCUCAAAACCAUCUUUUUAGAAAGUAGAAGCUAUGGAGGAUCCCAGGGUUUGUGAUGGUUCAAACAUGAAUAAUGUUUUAUGCAAAAAUGAAAGGCUUCUUUGCUCUUCCGAAGUACUUGAUUCUCUCUGGAUUACCAAUUCUUCCUCUUCUUUUCAUGGCUUUUGAUAGACUUUUCGGAAUUGAAGAUCAACAUUAUUAUAAGGCCAACUGAUCUACAUCCAUGGUUAACUUUGAAAAUGUUCAAGGAGUUGAAAAUACGGAGAGGUCAUUUUUCCCAGAGAUUGAUAAACAAGAAAAUGGCGAUGACGAUUAUCAAUCGGAGAAGAAAAGGCGUCUCAUGCCCGAUCAAGUUCAGUUUCUUGAGAAAAGUUUUGAGGUUGAAAAUAAGCUUGAACCAGAGAGAAAGCUCCGGCUUGCUAAAGAACUUGGAUUACAGCCUAGGCAAGUUGCAAUUUGGUUCCAAAACCGACGAGCCCGGUACAAAACGAAGCACUUGGAGAAAGAGUAUGAUUCAUUGAAACAAAGCUUUGAUAAACUUAAGGCAGAUUAUGACAGCCAUUUCAAAGAGAAUGAGAAAUUGAAAGAUGAGGUUCGUUUGCUCUCGGAGAAGUUACUUUCGAGGGAUAAAGGAAAGCGAAAACCCGAGCCAUUGGACAAUGCAAAACCAAAGAAGCCAAAUUUAAGCCGGGCCUGUCCAAUUAUACCAGUGGGGUUCUCUAAGCAGGAAGAUGCUAGUUCUGCUAAAAGUGAUGUUUCUGACUCGGACAACCAUUCGAUGUUGGUCGAACUGGCCGAUUCUUCGCAGGUUUUCGAGCAAGACCCGUCUGAUUUUUCUCAAGAUGAAGAUGACAGUUUAAGCAGAAGCCUUCUUCUGCCAUUCCCAAAAGUUGAAGCUGAAUGUUAUGGUGAUCUACAGCCAAAUUCAUGCAAUCUGGGAUUCCCUGUUGAAGCUCAAGGCACAUGGCUCUGGCCUUAUUGAGAGUUCAUAAUUGGCACAAUUAUGUCUUUUUGGCUACAAUUUAAUCUUAUGUUAUGCAGUAAUCUCUUGUGAAUAAGAUUAGAAUGAAUAAUUAGACUCUUAGCUUCGUUCUUU